CUCGAACAUUGAGGCAACAUCGGCUACGGAGGAAUCCGUAACAGCACAGCACACCACCAACGUCAAUCAUCCCUCCUCCCACCGGGACAGCACUGUCUUACUGGCCGCGGAAUAAUGAUUAUUGUAGUCGGAGAACAAUGCUAGCGCCGUCAUCACCAAUCGCCUUUCCUCCCAGUUCCUCGCCCGCUCCCAGCAGCAAACGGCCACGGCCAGCCGACGCGCCCAAACCGCCCAAACCGCCAAAGCCCCGCGUUCUUGGCGGCUUCUUGGCCGACUCCGACUCCGACGACGAUGACGACGACGAUGAUGAAGUCAUUACGGACGAGCCGUCGCCGAAGCGGCGCAUGCUCCACCGAGGUACACAACAAGACGCCCAGGCCGGCUUAGACACGGGCGCUGGAGCCGGAGCCGGCGCGGCGAGGGCAGAGGAUCCCUUGAUGAACGAGACAAUGUCGGCGGCCCAGGAAGUCGUGUCGACACCGCCCGACAGCCAGACGCAGGACGACCUGAGGGAAGAAGCAGAGCGCUACGAGCGCCUAUUUGGAACCCAGGGUUUGCCCACACUCGCAGCCUUCACCAGCAAGGAUCCCCGCCCGGCUUCAUAUCAUGUCUCGACAUGCUCCGGCCAGAUGGUGCCCAUCCGCGAGCGCAGGCCGGCCGCCGCCGUCCCCUACGCCCACAUGGUGGCAGCGCGCUCCAGGACCAAGGAAGGGCGCGCACACAGGAGCUACUACGGCGUCGCCAUUCACGAGCUCAUCGACAGCGCCAACAAGGAGCUCGCCGAGGCCCGCAAGACGUCCGGAUCCGCGAAUGCUACAACGCCUCUCACCCCGCCUGCCAAACCCGACAGGCCCGUCCGCUCCGUCGAGGCUCAGCAAAGCAACCCCAAGAGACCCAAGCGCACCAUGCUGUGGACCGAGAAGUACCGUGCCCGCACCUUUAUGGACCUCUGCGGCGACGACCUGACAAACCGCCAGGUCCUCCGCUGGCUCAAGCGCUGGGAUCCCAUCGUGUUCCCCCACGCGGCCAACAAGAACAAGCCGGCCGUCAGGCGCCACGGUGCCCAGCACCACCAGCAUGCCGGCCAACCACCGGAGGAGGAGAAACCGCACCGCAAGAUCCUCGUGCUGCACGGCCCGCCCGGUCUCGGCAAGACCACCCUGGCCCACGUCUGCGCGCGCCAGGCGGGCUACGAGGUCAUGGAGAUCAACGCCAGCGACGAGCGAAGCAGGGACGUGGUCAAGGGUCGGAUCCGCACCAGCCUGGCAACCGAGAGCGUCAAGACGGUGGAGCACAAGAAGCCCGAUCCUGGCAAGCAGCAGAAGGUGGCCCGCCCCGUCUGCGUCGUCGUGGACGAGGUCGACGGCGUCGUCGGCGGCUCCGGCGCCUCGGGCGACGGCGGGUUUGUCAAGGCCCUGAUCGACCUCGUCAUGCUGGACCAGAAGAACAGCAGUGCGAGCGGUUCCGCCGCCGCCGCCCCCGGUCCGGGCCGGAGGAAGAAGAAGUCGGACGAUUUUAGGCAGAUGAGGCCCCUCAUCCUCAUCUGCAACGACGUCUACCACCCCUCGCUGCGGCCCUUGCGCCAGUCCGGCCUGGCCGAGAUCGUCCACGUUGGGAAGCCCACGGUGGAGGCGGUUGUUGGCAGGCUCAAGACCAUCUUCGAGAAGGAGGGCAUACCCUGCGAGAAGGAUGCCGCCAGGAAGCUGUGCGAAGCAGCGUGGGGCAUGACCAGCGGCAUCGACGCCAGGCGGGGAGCCGAGAGCAACGCUGAGGGCGACCUCCGCGGCGUCAUGGUCGUCGGCGAGUGGGUCGCAGGCCGGCUGAGGGCAGCCUGCCCCGACGGCGCCACCCCGACCCUCACGCGACAGUGGGUUGACAAGCAUAUCAUCCGCGACCUGGCCCACGGCGGCGGGGGCGCCAGAGGUCUCGGGCGCGGCGGGACCAGGGAGAUUGUCAACCGAAUCUUCCAGGAAGGCGCCGGGUUCCCGAAACAGUCGACCCCGGCCGUUCAGCCAUCCAAAAACACCAUCCACGAGCAACCCCAGGCGCAGCUCGGCGUUUCCGAGCAGCAGAAGAAGUAUGCCAUGGCCCGUCUGCAGGAGAUGAUUGACUCGUCCGGCGAGGUCGACCGCAUCAUGACCGAGGUCUUUCUCGAGUACCCCAACCGCGACUUCAACGACGACUCCUUCAUGACGAAACCCGACCUUGCCUACGAGUGGCUGCAUUUCCACGACACCUGCUCCUCCCGCCUCUACUCCAGCCAGGAGUGGGAGCUGGUCCCCUACGUCAGCCAGCCGAUCCUGGCCUGCCACCACCUCUUCGCCUCCCCGCGGCGGCACCAACCGCACACAACAAUGUCCGGCUACGGUGCGAGGUGGGGCGAGGAAGCAGACGACGGCGAGGCCGACGCUGCUCCCUUGCCCUUCUCGGGCCCGCGAGCCGACUACGCCGCGCACGAGGCCGAGAAGGCGAACCGCGCCGCUCUGCAGGCGCUCCAUGCCCAGCUCCCGCCAACCCUCACCCGCGCCUUCCGCAGCCCCGAGCACAUCGCGACCGACUUCCUCCCUUACCUCGUGCGCAUCGUCUCCCCGGACGUGAAACCCGUCGUGGUGGGGGGCAGCGCCGACAAGGGCGGCGCCGUCGCCUCGGUCAGGAGGGAGAGCGAGAAGGCCAUGGUCAAGCGCGCCGCGCAGGUGCUGGCCGAAGUCGGCAUUGCGCUGCACAAGGGGAAACUCGAGUCCGACGUGACGGCCGGACCGGCAGGGCGAACGCAGUGGGUGUAUCGGAUGGAACCGGAUCUCGACGCACUCGCCACAUUCGAAACAGCCUCCGCCUACAUCCUCGCGUCGCAGGCCCCAACCCGCUACGCGGUCCGUCAGGUCCUCGAACAGGAGCUCCACAAAGCCCUCGCCCAGAAGGAGAGCGCGGCGAGACAGGCCCGGCUCCGAUCAGGCGAGGGCGGCGCUGCUGGCGAUGGCGGGCGACAGCAGCAGCAGCAUGCCCCGGGCAGCGGUGACGACGACGGCGACGAAUACAAGGAGAACGCCAACAGUCACAGCCACUCGAAGAUGGCAGCGGAAAGGGCGGGCGUCGCGGUCAAGAGGGACUUCUUUGGCCGGGUCAUUGUCGAGCGGCCGCUGGCCGAGACGGACGCGAAUGCCGGGAAGAGGAUCAAGAGGAAGCAAGACGCUGGCAAGGCCGGGAGAGUGUGGGUUACGUAUAACGAAGGUCUUAACAACGCCGUGAGGAGGCCAAUAUCCUUGGAGGACUUUUUGAGGGGAUUCUAAAGCAUGAUAUGUUUUACACCCCGAAUCAAUGACUGAGGUGUUGUAUGAGCAGAUAUGAGAUGAAUACGCUGCUUUUUGGGACGUCUGUGUCGUGUUUACUUGGACUGGCCGUGUGUCCGGCAUUGAUCAAGCGUCGUCUGUCAUUGCUCCACACACUUCUUUACACUAUUAAACACUUAAGACUCCCGCGCAUUGCCCCGCCCUCCGGCUUGGCAACGGACGGCGACGGGACGAUUCCCCGGCCGGCGGCCGAUCCCGGCUCCACGUCCCGGCCGGGGGAGCUCCACAAGCUGGGCCCGCAUAACUUUCCUGGGGACUUCUUAAUAACACUGGGUUCAAGCUCAGACAUUUCUCAGUUCGG